ACAUGUUUGGUUCGCGUUUUUAAAAAUGACAUAUCGGUAAUUUUAAAAUCCAUGUGUAGAAACAUGAUUGUCGUGGAUACACGUUCAUAAGAUGGCAGAAAUUUCAAUUACUACAAGGGCGUUUUAUGGGAACAAUUCAAAGAGAUUGAAUAAAGCUUGGCAGCAAAAGAUGAAUAAACUGGAAAAGUGCGCCAGGGAAUUCGAAGAUAACCCAAUUUUACUCAAACGUCAAAGGAUAAACGACCCUCCACCUAUCUUUAAAACAUUCCCAAGACAACAAAUGGCCUUUGAUUACCUCAAGACUUGUCAAGAGGAUGUUCAUGUGUUUGCUAAAGAGAAAGACUGUCAUGGAAAACGUGGCUAUAUUGUUGCAACUUUGCCAUACUUUUGGCACAAGUAUACAAGGAUAUGUUCAUCAGAGGACAGAAAUUAUUAUGAAGUUAUACCAGAAGGGGCUGCUUGCCGACUGUAUUUUGACUUGGAAUUUAAAACCGAAUUUAAUCCACUAAAGGAUGGAGCCAGUAUGGUAGACAUUUUCAUCAAGUACGUUUGUCACCACCUGAAAAAUAUGUAUGGUGUUGACUGUGACAGGAAAUUUAUUAUAGAUUUGGAUUCAAGCACUUCUUCUAAGUUUUCAAGACAUCUGAUAUUCCACUUACCUGGUGCUGUGUUUAAAGAUAACAUUCAUGCUGGAAAUUUUGUCCGACACAUUUGCACAUUGCUGGAAAUGAAGCUCAGAGUUGGUACUGAGUUUUCUGUAAACAAAGACAUGGGUUUUACAUGUAACUCUCAUCAACCAACAAUGUCAGGGAGUGAGGUCUCGACUGGAAAUGCCCCCGUACCUGAAAAUGCUGAAAAGAUAUGUGAAGAGAAAGAACUUGAAAGCCUUACCUCAGUUAGCCUACAAGAACUAAGAGAACUUGUUGUGAAGGAUGGAAAAGGUGAAGUGGGGAUUUUCUGUGAUCAAGGUGUUUAUACAAAAAAUAGAAACUUUCGAAUUUUCAAGUCAACAAAGAUAGGAAAAGAUUCUCAUCUGAUUCUCUCCAGUCAGAACACCUACGAGCCCAGCUUCAAAGAUGCGAAAGGAAGUUUCUCCAAAGAUCCUGAGUACUUGCUAUUUCUUGAUUCUCUAGUUUCCAAUGUCAGCAUGCAAGUGGGUGGAAAAGAUGUAAAAGUUUUAACAUGUGGCAAUUGUGAGAAAUCUUGCAAAAGAUCCUCUCGAAUGGAUGCACGCGAUUCAAGUUCGCCUUCUCAGCAUGGAUAUGAACACUCCCCUUAUCCCGAGAUUGACAACUUUAUCUUAAGUGUUCUCAACAAGGGUGGAGUACAGGGUCAGAUCAGGAGAUGGGUUUAUUUCCCACAAGGAAAGUUAGUCACCUAUGAUGUUAUUAAUAACCGUUGGUGUGAAAACAUUGGAAGAGCGCACAAGAGUAAUAACGUGAUGAUUGUGGCAGACUUGAGACUUGGUGUUUAUUACCAGAAAUGUCACGAUCCCGACUGUAGAAGGAUUGACUAUCGUUCCCCUGAAAAGCCUAUUCCACAGGAAAUCAAUCCAUUGUCAAGUUGUGAGUUUGAUGAAUUUUUAACUGAUGAUUUUGAUGAUCAAGAGCUUUGCAAGUUAUUGUCUGAAUGUGAGCAGAAGCCAAAUGAUUCCGGGAAUGAUGAAGUGGAAGAAAUUCUAAACACGAAUGAGAACAACAUGAACAAAAAUUGUGUCUCAAGAACUAAACAAGAUGUAACGCAAUUUGACAUCAGUGGUUAUGUCACGCAACAUCAAGUUAGUGAUUGUGACUACGAUAAUGACUUGGACGAUGAAUUACUGCUUGAGCUUCAGAUUCCCGAGCACUUUUAUGAUAACAAGGAUGCAGUUUCACAUACAAAGAGCCUUAAGGAUCACAGCAAGUAUAUCUUACAAUCAUGUCACGAUAAUGACAAUUACACGAAUGAAAUACUGAAGUUAUUGCAUGGGGAAAGUAACCAAACCAAAUUAAGCGAAACGGCUGCAAUGGACCUUUCAUCAAACUAUGUGAUUUGUCAGGAUGAAACACACGCCAGGAUGAAUGGAAAAUGUAUGUGUAGUGGAGUAUUACCUGAAAAUAAUUGUGCUGAUGAUGUGAGGGUGAAAUUUUUAACAAAUGAGGAAGUUUCUGAGUGGCUAGAUGAAGAGUCUCUUGAUGAUUUAGAGUUGUCUCUGGCUGCGGAGGAGGCCGAAAGUACAGCUUAACUCAAAUGUAUCCCACUAGUUUGGCAAACUAGCUUGUUCCGAUACCCGACUCUUUGUCAGGGAAAUUUUUGAUGAUGGUGUUACUUAUUUCUUAAAUCCAAUUCGACUUGUGGAGCCCUGAUUUUAAGGUCGGUUUGGACAAGUUUUUUCAAAAUACUUUAAACGAGUAAUAAACAAUAUAGUACUGAGACA